GAGCAAAACUUCAUGUCGCUCUCGCUCGCGCAGCAGUCCUCCAAAUUUUUUCGAUAAACAAAGUGCGGUUUUCGGCGUUGUUCCACGUAAGAGUAAUAUUUUUCAGGUUUUUUGUACGGUUUCCCCCUUAUCAAUCCGGUAAUAAGAAUCUUUGUCUGAAAAAAAAACGGUGGAUUCGGGAUUCCCAGUAGAACGGCCAACUGAAUAAACAAUGGUUUGUGGACAUAGCGAUUACAAUCGUGCGUGAUGGAUUUGAGGAUGUGUGUAUUGACGUGCCCAAAUUGGUGAAUCUGCUGCGGUACGAAGGAAUCUCCUUUUUGAAUGUCGUACGAUCUCAGUGUCGUAUAAUCCAGUGAUCUUCCGGUUUGUUGGUUUGACAACGGUAUUGAGCAACGGUUCGAAGUGAAAUGCGUCCCCGGAAAACGUUUCUUAUAGCGGCCAUUCUGGUUGGGUGGGUGUUCACGACGUACCUGAUCUUUCUGAAGAACUUCAAAGAUCCCAGUCCGCAUAAGAAUCGAGAAAUGCUCGAAAAGGUUCGAUACCUGGAGCAGAACAUUCAAGUGGUCGAAGAGAACCGAGAUAAAUUGUACCGGGAAAUAAUCAACAUACUUCAAAAAGAGGACAAGACGACCAGCACCGAGACAAUUCCACUGGUAGCGAACAAUGUGGAUUUGGGUGAAAUUCCGGCACAAAUUGCAGAGACCCCACCGCGACCGGAAGCGGAUGUAGCAUUAAGUAAACUGCAGCAAAAGUUCAUCAACGAUGACAUCAAUAGCCCGGUCAUUCCGGUACUGGUGUUUGCCUGUAACCGACUGUCGGUCAACCGGUGCCUGGAUGAUCUGAUUAAGCAUCGGCCACGGGCGGAUCAGUUCCCGAUUAUUGUCUCGCAGGACUGUGACGAUGAACCCACGCGGAAUAUGAUCUUGUCCUACAAGGACAACGUAACGCUCAUCCGCCAGCCGGAUCAAUCGGACAUCACGGUUCUUCCGAAGGAGAAAAAGUACAAGGGUUACUACAAGAUUUCCCGCCACUAUGGCUGGGCGCUGAAAACGGUGUUCCGGCAAGGUUUCGAGUCGGUCAUCAUCGUCGAGGACGACCUUAGCAUUGCGCCGGACUUUUACGAGUACUUCCUGGGGACGUACCCCAUCCUGAAAAAAGACCGCUCAUUGUGGUGCAUUUCGGCCUGGAACGACAACGGGAAGGAGGGUCUAAUCGAUGGCGGCGCGGGAGAUUUGCUCUACCGGUCGGACUUUUUCCCCGGACUCGGCUGGAUGAUGACCAAGGAGCUGUGGCAGGAGUUGGCGCCCAAGUGGCCGAAAGCUUUUUGGGACGACUGGAUACGACAACCAGAGCAGCGAAAAGAAAGAGCUUGUAUCCGACCAGAACUGCCUCGUACACGAACUUUCGGGAAGGUUGGAGUAUCAAAUGGCCUAUUCUUUGAUAAACACCUUAAGUAUAUAAAACUCAGUGAAGAUUUUGUCAGCUUUACGAAAAUGAAUCUUACGUAUUUGCAAAAGAGUAUCUACGAUGAGAUAUUCUUGAAGGCUGUCUAUCAAAGUCCGGUAGUGACUUUGGAUGAACUGAAACGUGGACUUGUGACUACAAAAGAACCAGUGCGAAUAACCUAUCUAACCAAAGAGCAGUACAAACGAGCGACGAAGAGUUUAGGACUGAUGGACGAUUUUAAGAGUGGUGUCCCACGCACUGCUUAUCGCGGUGUAGUAUCAUUCUUCUACAAUGGGCAGCGAGUCUAUUUGGCACCGAACACCAACUGGAAAGGGUACGAUUUAACCUGGAGUUAACAGCAACGGAUAGUCUACUACCAGCAACGUUCAAGUUUUAGUCUAUUUUUAAGCAAUCUUUUGAAGUUAAUUUAAACUUUGCUAAAAUAUAAAAAAAAAACUACCGGCUUGAGGUAGCCGAACCAAUCAAGCAUUUCCCCACAGCUACUACAGUGCUAAAAAUUAACAGACUGAAAACUAUUGAUGUUCCCUGAAGGAAAUGCGAUGCUCAAGAUAGGCCUCGACAACACAGAUUGCCAACACUGUUACAAUAUCCCAUCCCGGCCCGGCAAAAGAUAGCAGCAUCACACUAACUUUCAUUCCUGUUUAUGAUUUUUUUUAUUAAAAUUACGUUUUCUUUUGAAAAUACUUAAGUUGUUUCGGUAACACCGUGUUCCAAUAAAAAACUUUUUAUGUUACCUUAUGCAAUUUGUAAGUCUCUAUGAGAGUAUUUCGGAAACACUCCUAGAACAUCAAAUUAUGCACUGCUAAAAUUCUGCCUUUGUAUAAGUACCUACGGUUAAUCCAAUCGUUUUUCAUCGGAUUUUUAAUCACUUUUAUGUUUUAGUACACAUUUUAAGAUUUUUUUUAUAGACUUAGAUGUCUAUAAAAUGAAGAAAUUGCAAAGAUAUCAUUACUAUUGAGACUUUCGGCUUUCAUUUCUAAACUUGUAGAAACGUUUUCUAUUUUAUACGGUAUUUUAGGAAAAAAUACUAAAAUUAUGCCUAUGGUGAAUAUGCACCAAAAUCAUAAACCAUAAAGAAUAUUUAUUUUGGGGUAUUCAGGGACUGCUAAUGAGUAUGACUUUGAUGAUUUCGAAGGAGUCUUCACUUAGUUAAAUACCAAAAUUUUGAAAAUAAAUUAAAAUAAUUGAAAUUGUUUCUACUUGGAGAAAAAAAAUUUAAAUUAAAAUAAAUUUAAUCAUAUUUAUAUACAUACCUACCUACCCAUUUUUUCCAAAACAACACAAAAAAUAAACUAAUAAUAGGAGACAUAACAGCAGUGACAAAGGUUGCAGAAAAAGUUUUUUCAGUGUAACAUAGGAUAAUUUCUGUACCAAGUACCUAGUUUAUUCCCUUUACUCUAAGUUUGACCUGUUACCACCGCACCGGCAAAUCGAUAAAACACAUAUGCAGUGUCUCGAUUUUCGAUUAUCGCCUCGUCGGUGUUUAUGUAUUUAGACGCUGUCCAUAAACUACGUAGACUUUUUUUCGGCCAUCUCAGACCCCCCCUCCCCCCUCGUAGACUUUUGUUCAUACAACAUUUUCAAAAUUUGUAUGGAGCGUAGACUUUGGCCAGACCCCCCCCCCCCCCCCCCCCCCUAAGAGUCUACGUAGUUUAUGGACAGGCCCUAUGUAUCACGCGCGUGAUUUGAAUGUUAGUUUACUAUAUGUUGGUCGGGUACAAGCAUCAUAGGUUUAGAUUUUAAUUUAUUUUACCGAAGACAUGUUGAACCAGUAACAAGCAACUACACCUGAGAAGCUACGCUAAAUCAAUGCAGCAAUUGAUUAAAAAUGAUUUAUAGGAUGAUUUUGUUUUGAAUUUGAUACUAGUCAAAACGUUUAUCGGACAUCUUUUGAAAUGCCAGUAUCUUGAUUAUAAAAAAAAAUGAAUGGCAUUUAAAUUAUGUGUUUUAUAAAAGAGAAAAGAAGGAGAAAGCAAUACUGUAAGGAUAUAUUGUUUUAAAAAAAAGAACAGACACUGUCUAGAGAUCGCAAGAAUGAGCCAAAUCUGAAAAACACCUAACCCAACACUAUACUUCUUGAAUUAAAAUGCUCAUAUCUCAUCCAGACCCACGUGAGUUAUUCCAUCACAAUCAUACUAACAUAAGAAAAAAAAACCUGUAUGUAUAAAAUUCCAUGGUUCACCUGCUACCUGUUUCAUAAAAGAACAAUGCACAAAAAAAUAACAAAACUAUGAAAAUGAAGAAGAUCUCAGAAUGGUUUUGGUGGUGAAUUUCUAACUGUAGCAAAGGAGAACAUUAUGAUACACUAUAACAUUGAAAGUAAUAAGGAUAUAAAAUAAAAUUAUAUAUUCGCCUGUGAUUGGCAGUGAUACUGUA